GUUGAAUCCCCCAGAAUAAUUUGACUCACCGUCCACAGACACUUAUGUUCGAGGAGUUGUAUUAGCUGGGCAUACCAAUUACUGCCGUUCUCCUCAAGAGCGCAAGAGAGGCCAGCCUAUGAUCUACCAGUCGCCCCGUAAGAACGAGACAUUCUUCCCACCACCACUACUUUCGCAAUGAGUGCAUGAGUCGAUCCUAGACGAUCCGUCUCCCACAAUCCCUCUACUCCUCCCUUGAUAUUUGUUCUCGGGAGCGUCCAUGCCACCGUCAUGGCGAGACGGACUCGUCAACGCUUUCCCAGUUCCAAAGGAUCGCAUGAAGUUCACCAAGAAGAGCACGCAAGCAACACCCACACAGAAUGUUGAGGUGGAGACCAAUGAUGAAAUUGAGCUCUCGAGCCCCAUUGUUCCGUUCCGAUUCUUCGACCUUCCUGCGGAAGUGCGCAAUGAGAUUUAUGCACUAGUUUUGUUCAGUAGCGCAGGCUACCGAAGAUCAGAUGGUACCAAAAAAUCCCGUACCUCGAUUCUCACUGUGAGCAAACGAGCGCACUUGGAGGCUUCCUACGUACUCUACUCUGCUUCCACGUUCAAGAUCUUCCCAAUUCAAGAUUUUGUACAAGAGCCACUCGUCCAGGAAUUACGACCCAUAUAUCGCUCGAUGGUGGUCAAUGUCGAGAUUUUGGUUGGGUCUAGCUGGACGUGUCCGCCGAAAAGCUGGCGAGUCAGCAAGCUUCUGGCCAAGCGAUUGAGCAGAUUGACUUCUCUACAGACACUGAAGGUGUUUGUGGAAGUUGACCCUAGUGAGCCUGAUUUUGAAAAAUAUCGCAUCUCACUGGACUUCUACACAGACUUUUGUGGGGAUUUGUUCCGGGAUCUCCUGGUGGCAUUGCCAAUGGUCAAGUUUGUUGAAAUGAACGGGAAUCCUGGGGUCAAUACGCGUGGUCCCUUGGUCACGAGACUGGUCAAGGAGACUGAAGCAAAAGGCAAGAUACUGACCUUGGGCCCCACGAAGCCAAUGCUUGCACCUGGCGGUGUGCAAAUUGCAUUCUGGAGCUAAUCCUCCUUGACGGCGUUAUGUAGUCACGAUAAUGAAUGUAAUGGAAUACGGUUUAAUGACUCUCUUCAACUACACUCAGGUUCUUCCAUCUAUAUCACUCAAUUUUCAAUUCAAGUAGCGACUCAAAAUA